AAGCGACGUCGAGCGCGGCGGAAGUGGCGUCGCGGCGGAGGGGAGCGCGCCGAGCCCGCAUGGAGGAGCCCGCGCCGGAGCCUGAGCCGCAGCAGCUGCGCAGCCUGCGCGACUUCCUGCUGGUCUACAACCGGAUGACCGAACUCUGCUUCCAGCGCUGCGUCGCCAACCUCAACUACCGCGCGCUGACCCGCGACGAGGAGGCCUGCCUGGACGGCUGCGCCGGGAAGCUGGUGCGCUCCAACCACCGUCUAAUGGCCGCCUACGUGCAGCUGAUGCCCUCCGUCGUCCAGCGCAGGAUCGCGGACUACGAGGCGGCCGGACGCGCCGCCGCCCCCCCGGGCCCCACGCCUCCUGCCCCCGCCGCCGCCCUCCCGGGGCCCGAGGGGUUUGGCGCCUCUUGACCCGCGCGCCCGCCCGCCCAGCCGCUGCCUCCGGUAACCCCCUUCCCCGCUCCCCUCCCCGGGAUGCCCAUUUUGGAAGAAGCGUCUUGAACCCCCGAAGUGCGCGCUUGCCUGUCACGCUGAUCGCGGCGGCUUUCGAAAACACGACGGCCGUCUGGAAGCCUUGUCUGUGCCGGUCUGCCUUCCGUGGACUCCCGCGCUGCCGAGCCGCUGCCCCCCACCCAACCCUUCUCGCUGGAAAGACCCUCCGCCUGUGGGGAGCAAGGCCGCAUUGAAUCCCCCGCUCUUUCCUUAGAACUUGGCCGAAGAGAUGCUUACUGAUCUGCGGGGAUGGGGUGGUGGCUGAGUGGAAAUUAUUUUGGGAAUGUGCUAGGUCACAAACAGAAGGAGGCACUCAUGAAGUGUUCAGGGGGAGCUUACCAUAACAUAAGGUCCUAGCCUAGGCAAAUGAUCUUUCAUUUCCUUUAAACAGAGAUCCCAAAGCAGUUUGCCUCUGCCUGCCCCCACCAGCUGGCCUUUGUCUAACAGACCCUUAUUCUCCCCUUCCCAAACCAAGAUAGAGGCGUGAUUCUAACACAGCCCCACCAAAAGUAUCCUGGGAAGGAACAGUUCCGCUUCUCCUGCGCGGGUCAAGGACCGUGCCCAGUUCUGGGCUGUGUGCUUGAAGGAGGAUCCAGAUAACCUAGAAUGGGCACCAUUGGGAUUGGCAUGGGUGGAAUUGCUUAGCCAAAGGGCUCCUGGUUGGCCUCACUUCUUCGAAAUGGCCUUGGGAAGUCCUGCAACUCGUGUUGCGAUUAGCUCCGUGCUAUCUUGAGUCUGUGUUGCUUGUGUGUUGAGCAGGCAAGCCCAUUUCUUUCAGUCGCCGCAGCGGUGCAUCCCAGGCCACAUUGAGCACACCGGCUCAGCUUCCAAAUUCAGCCACCGUGGCUUUUCCCCAAGGGGUUCCUUCUUCAAAGGCAACGGGGAGAGAGCAGCUCCGCAGGUUGGUGCUCCCUGUGGGUGGAAAUUGCCAGAUAAAAUUUGGCCCAGAACGAGAAAGAAAACCAUUGUGGGCCAGAGAACAUCACUUCUGAAGGCCGGUUCUUGUGCUCCUGAGGAAUUGGCUGGACAGAGGACACCGAUGAGUUCAGCGUCUUGAGGCUGACAGCAGCAAGGUCAGGACGUUUUCCAGGGCUUGGUGUGCAGGACCAAGCAUUCCUGACAUAGCAGUUCAGUAGUGGUACCAGCAAUCCAGAGAGGCCAGGGGCUCUCCUUCCCUAGAUGUCUUCAAGCAGAGGCCCAGCAGCCACCUGCUGCAAAAGCCUUAAUUUCACCCAGUUCGAUACAGAGACUUUUGGAACUCUGUUCAUACAACGUGUUGAACUGGGCAUCUGUUCAAGGGAAGGUAAAGACUUGCUUGUCGAGCUGGGCUCCUGGUAGCCGCAUUAAUAUAUCCACAUACUUUUUGGGCAACGGUGGGAAAGUGGUUUGCUACUGAUUUUUGCUAGAAUGGUCUCUUGUUGAGGACUGGGUUAACAAAACACAAUUGGUUGGAUUGGAUUUUAGUAUAUGUUGAAUUCAGUAACUGACUUAGCUCAUUUUCUGGAUGCACACUAUAUUGGGAUCAUAAAGUAAUCAAACAAUCUUGGUUCUUGCAACGUAUUAGGUGAUGAAAGUGAAAGUCAGUUUUCUAACUGACUUGGCUAGUGAAGAACUUCAUGCUGCAUGUACAGAAACUGUCAUGGCUCCGGUUCUGAACCCAGUGAAUUGGUACUCCUGACACAGACCGAUCAGGAAUAUGGGCUAGUAGUUAGUAGUCCAGUCUAUAGUAGUCUGUCGAGUCGUUUACAACUCAUGGCGACCCUACGUUCUGUUAUACGUAGGGUCGCCAUGAAUCGUAAAAGACUGACGGCAACAACAGUCCAAAGCACGUCAAAGAUUUGAGUAACUUGGUAAAUCACAAGUAACUGUAUAAGUACAUUCAUCCCCGCUCCCACCAAGGAUCUCUGGCGCCCUGCUCCCUUCCGCGUCUGGCACUCCUCCGUGUGAAUCCGCUGAUCGUGUGCGUGUGUGCGUUUGUCCAGGGUGCUGAAUUAACGUGUCUGAGUGCUGGUGAGUCCACAAAGGCUGGUCUGCCACAUUCUGCACAUUUGCCCCUUCCUGUUGCUGUAUUCCAUCAAUGGGCUGGUGGGUGCUUCUCUCUUGGUGCCGCGCUGGGGGCGCCUUAUGGCAGGAUGACACCCAGGGCGGGGGGGGGGGCAUCCUGACAGAAACAUUAACCAAUUGUGGGAUUUAUCCCUUAAGAUCUAUACCUGGCUUUACUAAAUAGGAACAUGUCCUGGUUACUCAUACAUUACACGGUUCAGUUUUAUGGUUGGUGGUGGGGAUCCACAUUUGGGAAGUGCGGGGCAGUAGAACUUUAUGCCAUCGGGGUGCGCAGCUCAAAGUUUUGCUAUUCUGCAGGUCAUGGAGAAGUCAUGCAAGAAAGAUAUUUUAUUGUAUAUUUGUCAAUUUAGAGAAAGCAUACAAUAAAGUGAAUAUGCUUAAA